UGAGAUCUCUGCAGAGCGUCCCACCCUCAGGGCUUCCUCCGUCCUCCUCCGUCCUCCUCCGUCCUCCUCCGUCCUCCUCCGUCCUCCUCCGUCUCCUCUGGCUUUUGUUUGGCUGACACAAUGACCGUGGGCAACAUGGAAAGCGCUCAGCUCUUUGAUGCUGGGGAGAAAGGUCGCGGCCUGCGGGCCACCAGAGAGAUCAACGCCGGGGAGGUCAUCUUCUCCGAGCCCAGCUUCUCCGCCGUGGUCUUCGACAGUCUGUUCUCUCAGGUGUGCCACAGCUGCUUCCGCCAGCAGGCUCAGCUCCACCGCUGUGCUCAGUGCAAGUUUGCCCACUACUGCAACCGGACCUGCCAGACGGCCUGCUGGGACGAGCACAAGCAGGAGUGUGGAGCCAUCAAGAAGGCCGGGACGGCGCCCAGCGAGAACAUCCGCCUGGCAGCCCGCGUGCUGUGGCGGAUCCACAAGGUGUCGGGCCUGGCCUCGGACAGCCAGCUGGUGUCGGUGGACCAGCUGGAGGACCACGUGGCCGACCUGUCCAAAGAGGACCUGGACGAGGUGAACACGGACGUGCAGACCUUCCUGAAGUACUGGUCCCACGGGAGGAAGCAGCAUUCUGCCGAAUACAUCGCACAUCUCUUCGGCAUCAUCAAGUGUAACGGAUUCACCCUGAGUGACCAGAGGGGGCUGCAGGCUGUCGGAGUUGGUCUCUUCCCAAACCUCUGCCUGGUCAACCACGACUGCUGGCCCAACUGCACCGUCAUCCUCAACCACGGGAGCCAGACAGCUGUGAGUUCUGCUCUGCACUCCCAGAGGAGGAUCGAGCUCCGGGCUCUGAGGAGGAUCUCGGAGUUCGAGGAGCUGACCGUCAGCUACGUGGACUACCUCAACGUGUCCGCCGACCGCCAGAGGAAGCUCAAGGAGCACUUCCACUUCGACUGCACCUGCGAGCACUGCCGGCAGCGCGCCAACGACGACCUGAUGACCGCCGGCGCCGACAGCAAGCCUUCUGCCGAGAAGCUGAAAGAGGUGGCGGCGCUGAGCCGGGAGUACCUGGAGAACAUCGAGACGGCCCGCGUGAACGGAGACUACCACGAGGUGCUGAGGCUCUGUCUGGAGUGUCUGCAGCAGCAGGAGGACGUCCUGGCCGACACACACCUGCUGAAACUGCGCGUGCUCAGCGUCACCAGCGAGGUGCUGUCCUUCCUCAAGUCCUUCUCCGAGGCGGCGGCGUACGCCCACAGGAUGGUGGAGGGGUACAAGAAGCUGUACCACCCCAACAACGCCCAGCUCGGGAUGGCCAUCAUGCGGGCCGGCAUCACGCACUGGCACGCCGGCCAGAUCGAGGCGGGCCACGCCAUGAUCUGCAAGGCCUACGGCAUCCUCAUGGUCACUCACGGCCCGAGCCACGCCAUCACCAGAGACCUGGAGUCCAUGAGGACGCAGACGGAGAUGGAGCUGAAGAUGUUCAGAGACAACAAGCACGAGUACAACGCCAUGAGGGACGCCGCUCUGAAGAACCCCACCAAGGCCGUCUGAAGGAGGCGGCGGUCUCCUCCCCCUCGCCGCCGCGGAGCGACCGCUACAUGUACAUAAACCGAUUUCCAUCUGAGGCACUGCGGGCCGCCGCCCGGCGCUCUCCGGAUCCGUGUGUGCGGUUGUUAGUUCACACAGCUGUAACACAACAAUCCCUUCAAUAAACGA